AUGCAGGGAAAAAACAAAGAAAGAGUCGUUGAAAGAAUUCUUGAUCACAAAUUCAUUAAUGGAAGUGUAAGCUACCUGGUCAAAUGGCGUGGUUAUCCAGAUGAAGAAAACUCAUGGAAACUUCAAGAUGAAAUAAUUAAGUAUGCAGAGUUACUUGAAUAUUAUUGGGAACAUUUCGACAGCCAUCCGACAAAGUCAACAUCCAAAGAAAUACCAACAACAACAACAGAUUCGGCUUUGUCAUCCAAAUCUAUUGCCGAAGCAAACUCUUCAAAAAUAGUUGAUAAAUCGAAUUCCAAAACUGUUAACGUGAAAAAGAAACAGAAUGAAAGCAAUAAAAUGGAUAAAAAUUCUGAAAAGGAUCAUUUAGGGGAUAAUAUUCCUCGAUUUUAUGAACCAGAUUGGGAUUCGCAUGUCGAAUGUAUUGAGACAAUUUAUCGUGACGAAUGUAGUAAAGAUAUCUUGGCUAUAAUAAAAUGGAAGUCUCAUAAAUUGCGAACUUUGCAUAGCAUUGAAGAAGUUAAGCGUAGAUGCCCUCAACAAGUAAUUCAAUACUACGAAACUAAUUCUCGCUUCAAGGACCAUUGA